AUGUUCAAGCCUGCUUUGUUUACUACUUUGGUUGCCUCGAUUACUUCGAUUGUCUCGAUGGUCAAUGCUGCUGAUCUCUCUGGCUCUGCUCGUAUUACUCCUCAAGACUAUUAUGGUCUUCCUACAAGUGCUCUUGCAAACAACCCUCCUGCUUGUGGUAUGCCCUACAACCAAUUGAAUUUGGCUAGAAUCACUGCUGUUGCCAAUAUGAAUACAGGUUCCACUUGCAAUCUCUGUCUCAAGGUUGUCAAUUCUGCUAAUCCCUCCAAGUUUAUUUACGUUUUGGCUGUUGAUCUUGGUGGCAGUGGUUUAGAUUUGAGUAUCCCCUCCUUUGAAUAUCUUUUUGGCCAACGUUAUGAUGCUUCUCCUGCUAGCUGGACUACAGUUGCAAGCUCAUACUGUGAAGGCAUUUAUACCCCUGGAAAGGUCAACACUAAUCAAGGCAUCAGUGGCGGAUCUUCUCCUGCAACUACCACAACCAAGAAAACUACUACCAAAGCCACUACCAAGACCACCACAAAGUCUAUCAGCAAGCCAAAGACCACCAAACCCAAGACCACAAAAUCAAAGACUACCAAGCCCAAAACUACCAGCACAAAGAAGUCCAAGACUACCAAAACCAAAAAGACCCAUACUACCAAGGCCAAAAAGACCCAUACUACCAAGGCCAAAAAGACCCAUAUUACCAAGGCCAAAAAGACCCAUACUACCAAGACCAAAACCUAUACUAAGGGCCCUUGGUGGAAGGCCACAAAGAAAGCGCACACCAAAAAGACAAGCACUAGAUUGCACCGUUCCCAUGGCGACGAAAAGAGAAGACAACGCUAUUAA